AUGAACUCAGUGAGCACAACAAGGAAAGAUAAAUCAGGCCCCACAGCCGAAAGUAGUAAACCCAAGAAUCUCUUUUCCUCUAGCUCCUCGGAUGAAGAUGAAUUAGACCAUGAGCUGGCAUCGGCAGCCGCGCGAGAGAGGGCAAAGAAUCCUCACGCGGAACAGGGACGUGCGCGGAAACCUCAGACAAACCUCACUGAGGCACGCACGAAGGGGUCGAAGGAAAAGUCUGAACUGGAUACAAACUCCGAUGAUAGCGACGAAGAUGUUGACGAGAAACAGAGGGAAUGCACCGCACACCAUCCAUCUAAAGAUAAUUUGGGUAAAACAGCGACCGUAAAUGAUCGAGGGGAUGGCAACGCCAUCCGUAUCAACAAGGAAUACGCACGAAACUACGAGCAGGUCAAACGAAAGCAAGAACUCCAGCGACUUACAGAAAAGUACGGAGACCGGUUGGCGAGCUUGAAGGGCAACUCUCAAGACGCACAAGAUAGCGACCCCGACGCUGAAAGCAGCGAUCUCGAUGAAGAUGACAACGGCCUGCUGCUCACGGCGGAAAACGAGCUUGCCUUCGCGAAGUCCCUGCUGGCGAUCCGUAAAGCCAAUCUACGCAGCGGUGCGUCGAAAGACAAGAACGCGCCGAAGGCCGGAAACCAAAACGACUCCGCUGCGGAUUCUAAACGGAAUGAAGUAGACGCCGAGACCCAACGUGAAAUGACGGGGCGGGAUAUUCUACGAGAAUCGUUCUUUCCCAUCCCUGAAGAACAGAUCAAGCGAAACAACGAAAUCUUACUUGCCAAACUGGAGGAGCGAAAAAAGCAGCGAAAGGCGAAAUUCACCUUAGCGAAUGAGUACCGUCGCGCCAUUCAUCUAACCGCGGAGGACGCCUCACAAGACAAGGACGUCGAAGAUAACGGCAGUGGGCUGCGUAAGCUAAAGCCGCGCACGGCGGAGGAACGCGCCAUACGGGAUUCAUUUCUCAAAAGCGUAUCCGAAAGCACAGAAGCCUUCUCGGUGAAUAAGGUCCCUAGUCGUAGUGAGAACAACGGCCGUCGCGACGAGAAAGACAAAGAAGAGCUUCUCAUGCAAGAACGGAAUAAUUUGCUCGCUGAGGCCUUUGAUCUGGUGGAUGACAACAACGACAUCACGGAAAGCAGUGAAGAAGAAGAAGAGAUGGCGAACGGACAUGACCGGGAGGACGACGACGACGCGCAUAAAACCGAAUCCGUGAAGUUACAAGGUGAAGGCAAAAAAUCACAACUGCGAAAGAAAAUCAGGGAGGAGAGAUUCCUGAAGGAAUUUUUCAUCAAGGAGCUGUGGCGACUGGAGAACAACAAUGACGGUGACAGUGAAGACGCAGAAAAGGGUGAAGGCAAUAAAGGUCACUCCGCCGUGCUCGCAGAACUCGCGCAAGCAGAGGAGGAUGAAAACUUCUACAACGAGGCUGAGCUGUGGGAACGGGAAUACCAGACCGAAAAGUAUCGCCAUGAAGAAGACGGGGCAUACAUUGAGGCCUUUCCCCGGCCCAUUGGGGAGGCUGCCCAGGGUCUGCUGCGUAAACCCAACACCUCACGAAAAGACGCGCGGCAGCGACGGAAAGAACGCAUUGAGGCCGCUAAAGCCCAGCGCACUGAAGAACUCAAGCGCUUGAAGCAUCUCAAGCGUCUGGAAAUUGAUGAGCGGCGCGCCCUCAUUGCGGCUGUGGCUGGAUUGACUUCAAAGAAACACCCGACGCCUCAAAUAGAGGGAGAAGGCGAUAGGAACCUUAGCUUUGCCGAGGGAAGUGACGAGGAAGAGGGCAAAACACUCCAAAAGCUCACGUCGAUCUGGACGGACGAAGCCCUCAACGCACCGUUUGAUCCCGCGGAGUUUGACAAAAAGAUGCAACAGCUCUUUAGUGAUGAGUACUACGAAGAACCGAACAUGGAAGAAGAGAUGGCGUACCUCGAUGCUGAGCUUGACAAUGAGGUGCCGUUGGACUUGAACGACGAUACAGACGCGCCUCACAACGAUGAAACUCCGGAAGGACCUUUGAAAGGGGGAACCGCGCCGGCCAAGCAUCAGGAAGUGCUCCAAGAUUUGUUUCGAGAACCCGACCUGUUCAAUGUGGAAUCGCUGGAGGAAGCGAAAAGGAUCGUGCAGCAAAAAGGCGAUCUCGAGGUAUCGGACCUCAGACCAGAUGAGCAGGACCCCCUUCUACGGGAACUUGGGGCUGUCGAUACCGGGCCGGUAGACAAGGAAAGCGAGGAUCUUCUGUAUCCUUCCUCGCCCUCUCGACGACAGGUUGAGGGCUCAGGGCAAGAGGGGAGAAAUAAAAAAGGAGCAACCCCAAAGGAGGUCAAGAAUGAAAACGCCGAGGACGAGAAUGAGGCACUUCUAUCCCGUCUCAAACAAGAGUUGAGCCAGAAAGAGGAAGAGUAUAACAAACUCCACUACGACUCCACGAUUGCUGGUGGGGAUGUGGAAACCCGUUUCCACUACCGUGAAGUCCCUGCAGAGGACUUUACGCUGUCAAUUGAAGAGAUUCUCUGCCGCGAUGAUCGCCAGCUCAACAUGCUCGCCCCGAUGAACUGUUACGCCGCCUACCUGGAUAAGAAGAGCAACGAGCGCGACCGCCGCAAGAUCGAGCGGAGGCGCCAAAAAGGGUUUCGGGAGAUCGAUCCCAAUCGCACCUCCCGUCAUUACGGUGAUGUAUCACGGACCAUCGUGCUGGACCCAAACCUGAGCGAAGAGGAGGGUAUGAAAGUCGCCGAGCAGCUGCGCAAACGUCUACGAGAUGACGACGGUGGGCUUCCCGAUGACGAAGGGCCGCGAGGGCGAGGGGGAAGAGGAGAACGGACGCCACCAGUUGGAAGGGCGGGUGGCCGGGGUCGUGGUGCGGGCGCCCCGAAUCCAAACCAUGGCGCCUCGAAUUACCAUGGUGGCAAUCGAAAACCCAAUAGCUACGAUCGUGGAAGAGGAGGGAGGGGUCGCGGAGGGUUCGCCCCCCGCGGCCACAGCCAAUUUCGAGGCUCCUCCUCAAGAGGUGGCCAUAGGUAG